GCUUGGCACCCAUUGGCUGCUGCCGCCCGCGGCCGCGAAGGGCGGGGAAGCCGACAGCGCUCUAGUGAUGAGCUGGAAAGCAGUGAGUCUUGUGGGUCUGUCUCGCGUGCGCCUGAUCCCGUACCUCUGCUCGCUUCACCUCAGUUUUUAGAUCAGUGGUUCUCACUCCUGGCUGGAUAACAGAAUGAUCAGUGAGGCAUUUUAAAGGACCUAGAUUUCUGGGACCUACUCCAGAACAGACCCACUGAAUCAGACUAUCUGGCUGCGGGCCCUGAAAUCUAAUAUCCAAAACAGAGUCAAAGAAAACUAGAGGCAGGCGGAUGUUAAAGUGGUAAAGGAAAUUCAAAUGGAGAGCCUGCCUGAUGCAGCUGUUUUGGCAACUAGACUGAAAAACACUCUCAUACAGUACCAUAGCAUUGAAGAUGAUAAGUGGAGAGUUGCUAAGAAAAUGAAAGAUGUAACAAUUUGGAGGAAACCUUCAGAAGAAUUUAAUGGAUAUCUCUUCAAAGCCCAAGGUGUUAUAGAUGAUGUUGUCAACAAUAUAAUAGACCAUAUACGCCCAGGUCCCUGUCGUUUGGAUUGGGACAGUUUAAUGACUUCAUUGGAUAUUUUGGAGCAUUUUGAAGAGAAUUGCUGUGUGAUGCGUUACACUACUGCUGGUCAGCUUUGGAAUAUAAUUUCCCCAAGAGAGUUUGUUGACUUCUCCUACACUGUGGGAUAUAAAGAAGGGCUUUUAUCCUGUGGGAUAAGUCUUGACUGGAGUGAAAAGAGGCCAGAAUUUGUUCGUGGAUAUAACCAUCCCUGUGGUUGGUUUUGUGUUCCUCUUAGAGACAAUCCAAAUCGGAGUCUUUUGACAGGCUAUAUUCAGACAGAUCUGCGUGGGAUGAUUCCUCAGUCUGUAGUAGAUACAGCCAUGGCAAGCACUUUAAUCAACUUCUAUGGUGAUUUACAAAAAGCCUUACAAAAGGCAUAAAAUGUUUGAACUGGUAUUAUGUCCCCUGAAUCACCUCUCUCUUUCAGGUGCAUGGCCUGUAAAAAUAAUCUUUUUCUCUCUUGUGCAUAGUAUGUAGAAAAAUUUGAGAUGUUUUUGGUUUAUUUCAUUCCUAAAAUAAAUAACAGUGGGCAUUGCAGUUUUCCUUAACAGUCAUUUGCACAUUGUUUGGUAUGGCCGUGUGUCUAGCAAUGAAGAGCAUGACAAAUCCACCAAGAAGUAGAUAUAAUUCUUUGACUCAAACUCUUAGGAAAUUGAAUAUUAGUACGAAUAUUUUGGCUGCUUAGAAGUUAGAGAAAGCCAUGCUUCAUGCUGGUAGGUUAAAAUCACCUAUUUUAGAGCUUUAUGAACAUUCUGCAAAAGUUUUAAACUUUACUGGAAGCUAAAUAUUAAUGCUUUACUUUUGGUUUGCGCUGAGUUUGACAAUAUCAUGGACUAAAGAAAAAAAGCUCUUAUCUGUAUUUUAUAAAGAUGAACUUCAUUGUCAAUUGACUUGUACUACUUUCAGUAUUGAAAAGAUCAGAAAUAGAAAAGAAUAGAUAUCAUAGUAAAAUGCAAUUCAGUUUUGAUACACAGAUGGCAUUAUUUUGUAGAUAUCUUUAAAAAUAUAUUUGUAUCUUUAUGUGCAUUUAUUUUGGAAGUCUUAAAAGCAUUUAUGCAUGAAUAAGACAAUUUAAAAAGCUGCCAGAUAUGUGCUGGGGCACCACAUUGAUUGGGCAGUAGUCUGGGUUGUGGGAAGUGGUUGGUGGUAUCCAAUAGUGACCAACAGAGAAGCAUCGCUCUAGAAAGUUAAAUUCAAUGAAUGUUCUGUACGUGUUGCAGUUUUAAAUGUUUCAGUUUCAAGUGUGUCACUCAACUCAUAAUGUAUUACUAACUAUGUCACAGACAUUCACAAUUGUGAUGUAACUUCAGUCUGGAACUAUAACAAAUGCAUUCAUAGAUUUAUCCAAAUGCCUAGAUGAGUCAUAACCAGAAUGAACUAUAUGACCCUUGGUUUUGUGGGUACCUUAAAUGAAUAUUGCUAAAUGAUUUUAACAUUCCACAUGAUCUUUGGCUUUGAACUAACCACCUGGUUUACUUCUAAAAUGAGAACUUGAGGGAAACUCAGUUGUCUGUGCAAAUUUUUGUCAGUAUUUAUAUUUGUGUAUAUGCAUUCAUCUUGAAAUCUAUUUCAGUGUUCUAUGAGUUAUUUAUGUGUUACUAUUACUGUUUCUUUUUCAUUCUUUCUUUCUUUCUUUUGGUUAAUGUGGGGUAAAGUGAGUUCUGGAAAUCUCUAUUUGUUAGAAGGGCAGGAAAAGCACAAGAGCAUAUGGUGGUUCAAUUGGAUGAAGGAUUGAUCUGUGUUUUACUUUACUGUGUUUCCCCGAGUGUAAAGAAAGCACGAGUUGCAGUUUUUCAGACCCAUUUUGAUAAAGUGGAAAAGUAGAGCUGAUUUUUGUUUUUAUUUUUUGCUAUUGGAGAUGUUCAAAAAAACAAAAGGUGGCAGCACCACAAUAUCCAUAGUGAAUAACCUGUUUUUAGACUGAAAAUACUUUGUUUCAAGACGUGACAGAAGCAAUGCAUAAAUGAUACUAUAUUCUUAAUUUGAAAUUUAUUAUUUACCAAUGUUUUUCCAAAUUGACUAUAAUUCUUGAGUUGCUGGAUUUCUCUACUUUUUUUUCCCUUGCCAUGGGGAAAAAACUGAGCUGUUUAGCUUUCAGUUUCCCUUGCAAUGGGGAAAAAACUGAGCUGUUUAGCUUUCAGUUUCCCAUGGCAAUUGUUAAAUGUUAAUUUUGACUUAAUCUGUUAUCUUUUAUUUGGUUUUAUUAGUGUAGAGUAGGAGGUUUCUUAUAUCCUAGUAUUCUUUCUAGGAUUGCAAAAUACCAGCAGAUGUCCAAUUAUAAGCUGCCCCAGAUUGGGUAAGAUUGCAACAAGAUGUACAUUACUAUAAGGGCUAUUAUUACCUGGGUUAGGUGCCCCCAAAGGCAAAUAAACUGUUCACUCUCAGCGACUCUAUGUUCUCUUUGUUUUUUUUUUUUUUUUAACUUAUUCCUCCAACUAGUGAUUACAUCAAUCCACUGUUGAAUGAAGACCCACUUCAGGUAACAGGACCCUCAUGGAAAAGUUUUCAUUGCAAUAUUGAACCAUAUGAUGGAUUAAAGAACUAUAUUUGAAUUACCUGAAAUUUAUAUGCAGCUUCUAGAUGGCACUUUAGAUCUGCUGGAUUCUAGCUGUGCACUUUAAAAAAAAAAGGCAAAAAAACAGGUUUAUUGAGAUAUAAUUCCCAUGCUAUAUAAUUUACCAGUUGUAAGUUUACAAUUCAGUGAUUUUUGAAUAUAUUUAUAGUUGUGUAGCCAUCAUGAGAGCCCAGUUUUAGAACAUUUCUGUCACCCAAAAAGAUCCCUUUUGCCUGUUUGCUGGCUCAUAUUUAACCAAAGUUUAGCACAGUUGUCAGUAUAAAGAAGAUUAUUAAAAUGAUUAGACCAGACUUUGUUUAGUUUUGUUUUCAAUUGUAGAGGUGUUUUUGAUUCUAAGCUCAGGAACCUGAUGAUAAUGUAUUAAAUAUGUUUUCUCAAAUGCCGUAAUGAUACAAAAUUUAAAGAUGUGGGUUAGGAUUAAUAUUAACAUAUAAUAGAGUUUGCUGUUUCUACAGCAGUGAAUAUAUAAUUUAAAAUUUCCUGGCAGCUGCAUUUAAAAAAAUAAAAAGAAACAGCUGAAGGUAAUUUUAAUAAUAUAGUUCACUUAACUCAACAUAUUCAAAAUAUUAUCAUUUUAACAUGUAACCAGUAUAAAAAUCUUUAAGAUAGCUUAUAUUCUUAUUUUGUACUAAUUUUUUGAAAUCUGGUGUGUAUUUUACGAAUUUGGGCUGGCCACAUUUCAAGUGCUCAUUAUCCACAUAAGGCCAGUGGCCUCUAUUGAAUAGCACAGUUCUGUAUGUAUCAAUUUGUCUUUCUACAAUAAGAAGUAGAGGUAUUUCAUGAAAUUACUCUCUUAAAUACAAAAUAUUUUCUAGUCUCUGAAGCCUUCAGUGCUUGCUAAAUGGGAUUUCUUAACAUUAGAAAUAAAUCAUUUAGUAAUUUUCAAUAGAAUAAAAAGUAUAGCCAAAAUUUUUUCUUUUAAAGAUAACUAACUUUUCAUAGGGCAAUUAAUGAAAUGAAAGAAUGUAAUCCGCCUUAUAAUUAAUGUGGUUGAUUAUUUUCUCUAGCUUAUAGCUAGUUUGUAUUAGAAACAUGUAUGCAGGAAAUACUUGGCAUAGUACUAUUUUCAGUACAUGGUACCUAUUUUUAAGGAAAUUAGUUUCAUAUAAGAAAAUAUAAUUUAUCAUAAGUGAUCCUUUUGCAUGAAAUAUUAGUUUGUAUUGAUAAUUCUUGAUUAAUCUUGAAGUUUAACAAAAUACUCAGAAAAAAUAAUUGUAAGAAUUUAGUGUUCUGCAGUUAAGUAUAAUAUAAACUGCUAGAGUAUUAAAGAUAGACUGUAAAUAUUAAAAAUCUCUUCAUUUCACUGUUCAUUGAAGUUGGAUGUAUUUCAAAUUGUAGAUUUCUGUCUGUAAAUUGUCUCCUAGUAAAAAAACCAAGUCCUUUCUUUACUCCCUCUUUCUUUCCUAGCUGAAGGACAUUUAAUCAACACUCAGGUUGAAUUAAAUUAGUAUCUCAAGCUAAAAACACUGUAACUGAGGUUGCCUCUGGAGAAGAUAGGAAAUCGAUGCACAAUUUAAGCCCCUAAUGUCUAUUGAGCUCUUAGUAUGAGUAAUUCCCUUUGAUGUAGAUAAAAGCUUUACCUGUUUACUUUAGAGCAUACUAGCAUCCUUAGAACCUGUUGUUAAAAUCCAGUUUCUUUGAAUUAAGUGGAUACUGUAUCUAUCCCAACCUUAUUCAUAAAUUAACAAAACACAGAGAAGCUAAGUUUUCAUUUUACCCUGUGUUGUAUAAUUACUUGUCCAGUUUUUCUCGCAUGCCUUUCUUAUUCAGUUUCCAGCAGUAGGGGAUGGUGGGAUCUGAGCAUAGAAGAAAUACUGGAUUAAACCCAGAGCAUAAGAAAUUGAAAUUAUUAUUUGCUUCUUAUUUUGUUGCUUUCAAAUAUUUUACAUAUAUUGUUAAAUAAAAUUUAAUCUCUUGCAAUUCAAAAAAAGCUAUAUUAUAUAUGGGCUUUAUUUUUAAGAAGUUUAUAAUUCUUUUAUGAAUCAAUAUGUAAACCUGGAACCUUUAUUAAACUAGUAAGAGCAUGUAUUAAUAUAAAUAAAAUGUAUAUUUAUUUUUAAAUUGUUAAAAUAUAUCAGAAUAAAAUUUCUACACACUUUUA